ACCAACAGCGGAAGUACCAGUGCGUGUACCAGCCGGCAGCCUGUAUAAGGAGCAGGAUCCAUUUAAAGACAAACCUGGGGAGGACUUUGGGUUCGAGUUUAGCGAGGACUUUAAAGAUACAUCUGUAAAAAAACGGAGUAAUCCAUGGAAGAAGUUGUUGUACCUGGUCACAUCGUUGAUCCCCGUUGGUCUGAUCUUCUCCGCCCUCACUCCCAACGUCAUCAACAUACAACCCACUGGCUCAGAGGGGCAGUAUCCGUCAACCGGAAACUUUGUCCGUCGUCGCGCCGAUGGCACUGUUCACCCGGACUCUCCACCGGGUUCAAUAUCUCCGCCAGCCCACUUCACACCACCGAGACCACCAAACCGCGCUGUACCACCCUCUCAGAUAAUACCACCUAUCAGCGAAAGGUGCCGCAGACGACUACUUUGUGAACUUCAAAAUGAUGUAUAUUACGCUGCUAGAAGCUCCCGUCACAAGCGCCAAUGUCAUCGCAUUCCUUGCGAAGACCCUACCGCACUGUCUUCGACCCUCAACUAUCUUAUUAACUACCAGCAAGCUGCUUCAGCCGCCUUCCAGCAGCGGCUGCAGAGUUCCGGAGACACUUUGAACAUAGCUGAUCAUUUCACUUAAUCGUAACAUACGUAUAUAAUACGAGUGUGGAUCACUUACAAAAUCACAUUAACAGGAUUAAGGAUAUAUAUAAGUAUUGUUAUUUUUAUAUCUGAACCAGAACACUAUGUCAUUGUUAAGAACAUAACUAUAUUUUAUUUUACUUAUUCGACUACCCUAUUGAAAAAUACCACUUGCAAUGA